AUGAUAUAUGAUCGAUUCGGUUCAUGGUCAAGCAAUACCUUAAUGCCGCAAACCCGACCUCUCACCCCAAAAGGAAUGUCAAGGGAUCCGAGUGGUACUAGCACCCCUUUACUCCUCAACCGCGUUAAUGAUGAUCGAGGAAUAAUGGUGAAAUAUUCGUCUUGUUUAAAGGCUUUUGUAGAUGGCGUGGUUAAUGGUACCAACAAUGAUGCCCUUAGGAAAUGCCUUAGGAUAGCAGUAAUCGGUGCACCAAAUGUUGGAAAAUCAUCUUUCACGAACCAAUUAGUGAAAGCUGCAGUUUGUGCAGUUAGUAGAAAAAUGGAUACGACGCAGGAAAAUUUAACUGCCGCCAUUACUGAAGGUGAUACGCAGUUAAUCUUUGUUGAUAGUCCAGGAGUUGUUGGUAUCAAACAUGCACGUUAUACCGUUCGCUCAAUGGGUAAUCGUCUUCUGCAAGAUCCAUGUCGUGCUGUUGAUACUGCCGAUUAUUUACUCAUUGUGCAGGAUCCGAUGGAACUUGGUGAUUAUAUUCAUCACCGUAUAAUGCAUCUUUUGCAUUCACAUUCUCAUAUUCCUUCGUCUUUGGUUAUUAAUAAAAUUGACCUUGUACAAAGAAGAAGUGAUUUGCUCGAGCUUGUGAGGAUUUUAUGUUGUGGGCAAGUUGGCGGCAAACCUAUUACAACAACUAGGAAACAGAUAGGGCGAUUGGGUUCUUUAUCACCUCCAAAGGAAACGGUACUGAUGCCAUUAUCUGUGAAUAACGAAGGAAAUACUGAUGAACAGUGGCAACGUAAAUACAAUGCAAUUAUGGCAAAAAAAACAUAUGAAUGUCCAUGGUUCGACACUAAGAAAGUUUUUAUGAAUAUAAGAGGCUGGCCAAACUUUGAUUCAGUUUUUUUUGUAAGUUCUUUCACUGGUGAAGGAAUUGAUGAUGUUCGAAAGCAUUUAUGUUCUGUCGCUCAAAAAAAGAACCACCGUUUUCCAAAAGGUCUAAUAACAACGAAAAGUCCACAAAAACUUUGCCUCAAUGCUAUACGAGCGCAAUUGUUGGAACAUCUUCCUUCUGAAGUCGCUUAUAAUCUUAAUGUUUUAAUCACAGAAUGGCAGACAGAAGGUGAUGUUCUGCAAAUCGUUACUGAAGUUCGCUGUGAUAAAGAAAGACAUGCUCGAUUAGUUCUUGGACGGAGUGGUACGACUAUUAUCUCAAUUGGAAAAAAUGUAAAUGAAAUAAUGCAGAAUUUAUUCAAGCAGCAACUAUUUGUUCGAAUUCUUGUUAAAGCUAACGGGAAAUUAGUUGAUUUUACGAAUUUUCUAAAUCGAAAAACCAUGAACAGUGGUGCAAUAUCAUAA